GAAGAGGUGUGUGGAAAACUGCUCUUCCAUCAUCUGCCUUACCAUCUUCCCUCACAACAGCCUGUCUUCAGCCACUUGGUAAACCACAGGAAGGAAGAAGAGAGUUGUACUUGGGGAAGAUGAAGUUUGGUUUGGGAGUUCAUCCUAAUGCUCUGGCAUAUUCCAUGACUACAUUAGGUGCUGGAAUGAUGAACAGUAUCUUUAAUUUCUACUACGUUAAGCUUUUCUUAAACCGAUACAAAAUUUCAGAAGCAGCAUUUCAUCAAGCACAGGUUGUGUUUAUGAUCUGGAAUGCCAUUAAUGAUCCCCUUUUUGGGUAUAUUCAAGAUAACUCCAACUUCACAUGCUGCUCAAGACGCCAAGUUUCAAUUUUAUAUGGAGCUCCAUUGUAUGCUUUAGCCUUUUUGCUGCCUUGGUUUCCUUGGAAACAUUACGAAGAAGGUGAGUGGCUAAGUGGCCUUCACCUCAUUGUUGCCUUAUGUGCUUUUGAUGGUUUGCUUACGUUUGUGCUCCUGGCUCAGUGCGCGCUCUUCGCAGAAAUCUCAACAAGGCAUGACAGUAGACUUCAGCUUAUUAGAUAUAACCAAGUAGCAACGUUAAUUGGAUCCACAAGCAUUCUCUUUUGUGGUCUGAUAUCAGAUAACAUGGAAAACUUUGCCCGCUUUCAGGCUUUUGCUCUGUUGGUCGCAGCACUAGCAACAGCCUGUAUGUGUUACACGGGCAAAUACAGUACAAGUCAAUAUGAGCAGAGAGAAAUUUGUACAGAGAAGAGUCAGCUGGAAAACGGUGCUGGAGCUCUUUCCUGGUCCUCAGUAAUUUCAUUAACCAAACAGAUUAUGACAGAGAAAAACUUCUUGUUUUUUGUAACGAUGAACUUCUUCCAAGUCUUCCACCUAGCCUUCUGCAACAAUUUCAUGAUGAUCUUUGCGGAUAAUCUUAUUCCUAAGGAUGUCCUUUCUUCCUCAAUAAGAAGUAUCAUGUAUGGAGCAAGCUUUAUUUGUCCUCAGUGCCUUGUUCUUCUCAGUCACUCUUCGUUGAAGAAGUUUGGUUAUUACAGAAUCAUCUUGUUUUCAUUUUACUUGGAAGGAGUAGCUGCUGCUGUCAUGUUUGUUCUAGGGCCAGAACACUAUUAUCUGUUGGCAUUUUAUCUCACAACAAACAUGGUAAUUGUCCAAGCUUCAUUUAGUUUGUUCAAUUUGCCUUUGGCAGAUAUUGUUGAUGCAGAUUUGACAAAGCACAAGCGGAGAUCACCCCUUUCCUCUAUGGUUUUUGGUACCAAUGCCUUAUUUACCAAGCCUGCCCAGUCUUUGGCUCCAAUGCUUGUGGUUACAAUACUAAAUCAAUUUGGAUAUGAGAACUUGAAGAAUAAAGUUGCUCAACCUGAUCUGAGUUUGUUUGUAGGUCUUCAUGAUGCCAUGUUCUAUUUGAUCUGCCUGGUUCCACUUUGCAUUGCAGUCAUACAGAUCCUGGCAUGGACUCCCUUUUCAAUCCAGAACAGUCAUCUGACAGCUGUGCACUAAAUAUGUAACAGCUGGUGAGCAAACCUGCUGAACUGUACCACAGAACAGUUCCUAUGUUUUAAAGUGAAAAAGCAGAACUGGACUGUUAGACCAAGCACAGUCUGAGCCAUUUCAACGAAGCUGCGUUCUUCAGUCUCUGUAGACUAUGACACAGAUCACACUCAGCCUUAAUGCUGAGCCUACACAGACUUCAGUUGUUUGCCUUGAACAGGCUUUAUUCUUCAUUACUAAAUAAAAUAAUU